AUGUAUCGUGAGCUCAGUCCUUCAAGACGGGGCAAUAACACUGCUGGUGCAGGCUCUUCGUUUGCUUCGGAAUCAUCCACUACGGGAAUGGUCGAGAUAUCUUUAGGAAGCUCAACCGACUCUUUGCCACUACAUCUACCCGCAACCAUCCACGAAGAUUCUGACGUGCUUCAUGUCAACAGUCAUUCUACCAUCAAUGCUCGUAGUCCUACUCCUCGUUUAUUGUCCUUGCCAAUUAAAGAUACUUUAAACAGUAGAAUUCAUCCACAGCCUAUUGCCAGUGACAGUGACUUGGAUGACGGCGAUAUUUCUUCAUUCACGCCCUCGCAGCAGAAACAGACUCUAGACACACAUGGCUUACCAUUGCAGCGCAUAAAUAAGCUGCAGAUCCAUUCACAACAACCACUCUCAAAUUCUCACUCUGGAACAAGGCCUGUUCAUAUUGAUCCUGUUUUGAUUCCGUUCAUUGUGCAAUUUAUGGAUUCUCACCAACUCUACGCAUGUCUUCCCCUGUCAUGGUUGUGGUUCAAGGCUGCUGUCGCUCAGCUGUAUUCACGACUGACUUUCUCUCAACUCUCUGGGAAAAAACUGGCAUUGGCACUUCAGACCCUUCAAAACUCUGUGAUUCGCAUGGCUACUGCUUCAGGAUCGCUUAGUCCCACCCAUCUCAACACCUCCUUUAUCCCUUCCGUUGUUACAAACCGACUCAGUAAUGGCUCAUCCGCCACGGCAUACUCUCAAAAAAGCUCUCCUUUGCCUCUCAUGGAAUACCAUAUGUUUGUAAAAGAUAUUGAUAUUUCUCAGAUCGUGUUUGAAAAUCCGGCUCACACUCCACUGCAGUCUUGGUAUCAAGUACGCGACCUUCUUGGCCUCUGUGCCUCAACUCUUCAUUCUCUCUCUCUUGCAAUUGGAGAUGACAGUUUUAUGGAUCUUCCACAAGACUACAUUUAUCUUCAUGCUCAAAUUGCAUUUCCUCAACUCUCUCAUCUCACUGUCGCGUCCAAAUGCCAAAAAUUACCUGAAAAACUUAUUCUAGAACUACUCCGUGCCUCUCCCAUUCAUGGUUUAUCAACAAUCGAUCUACCACGAUGUUUGCCAAAUAUGGGUGCCGCCAGCUGGUUUCUUCUUUCUGAACGUGGAGGACGAGCUUUGUCUCGACUUGUUCUUACCCCAGCAUUAGGUCCCAAUAUGCUUGGCUGGGACGAACAUUUAUUUUCAACGGGACUGGAACAGAUUGCUCAAGCAUGUCCUUCACUCAGGGUUCUUGAUCUCUCUGGUCAUUCUCAGGGCAUAUCAGACCAAGCACUUCUUCUUCUUCUUGCUCACACCCGAGAUUUACGCGAAAUUCAUCUCCCUUGUGGAUUAACCGAUGCUCAUUUGGUUGCAUUGCUGACCAACGAACCAUGGCAUCAUUUGGAUGUGUUGGGUAUCACUUGUCAUUGUGUUGAUGGCGAAGCUAGAGAAAAACGACCACCCUCCAAAGGUGGCAUGUCUUGCAACAAAUUCACAGAUAGUGUCAUGUUGGCUUUACUAGAUCAUCUCUCGGCAAGUAUGUCAGCUGAAAGUACUGAUCUUAUGACUGUAUAUCUACCUGUUUAUGCUCUGGGUGUAAAAACAAGUCGGAGAAUCACUACAAUUGAAUGGCUAGCUGGUCUAAGUGAAUCAACCCGAAAAGGUAUUGAAGAGGUGGUAUACAAGGGCAAGAUUAGAGUGCUAACACCGACUAAUCGUCUUGGAAUGAUGUUACAUUAA